CCUCGUGGUCGGUUCUUUUCUCUCGUAGACUCCAUUGAAAAUGGCCACCAUCUCGAAGAAACGUAAGUUCGUUGGAGACGGCGUCUUCAAAGCCGAAUUGAACGAGUUUUUGACUCGCGAACUGUCCGAGGAUGGAUAUUCCGGUGUGGAAGUGCGUGUUACCCCAACACGUACCGAAAUUAUUAUUAUGGCCACGCGUACCGAUCGUGUUUUGGGCGAGAAGAACAGACGUAUCCGUGAAUUGACUUCCGUGGUACAGAAGAGAUUCAACUUCCCCGAGAAUUCCGUAGUUUUGUACGGAGAGAAGGUCGCCAACAGGGGUUUGUGCGCCAUCGCUCAGGCCGAGUCUCUCAGGUUCAAGCUGAUCGGAGGUUUGGCUGUGCGUCGUGCCUGCUAUGGUGUAUUGAGAUACAUCAUGGAAUGCGGAGCUAAAGGUUGCGAGGUCGUAGUGUCUGGCAAACUCCGUGGCCAGAGAGCCAAAUCCAUGAAGUUUGUGGAUGGUUUGAUGAUCCAUUCUGGAGAUCCAUGCAAUGACUAUGUUGACACUGCAACUCGUCAUGUAUUGCUCAGACAGGGAGUAUUGGGUAUUAAAGUCAAAAUCAUGUUGCCAUGGGACCCCAGCGGCAAACUUGGACCCAAGAAGCCACUUCCAGACAAUGUUUCUGUGGUUGAACCUAAAGAAGAGACCCUGCCACAAUUCCCAAGCAGUGAGAUCAAAGCUGUCAAAGCUGAUGCUCCAUUAGCCAUCCCUGUUGUAGGCUAAAUUUUAAGAUGUAACAUGUUUAUAAUAAAAAAAAAGGUAUAAAAUCUUAA